ACUCACAAUUUACACCUGAUAGUGAUGCCCUAACUCGUUGCUCCUCUUCCCAUUAUUUUUGUGGUUAUGUCACCGACACUGCCCUAUCCCCAUUUUCACUUAGUAUUCUAAUCUUAAUCUUCAUUUGGCUCUUGCCCUCUUCUAUUUCUCCAUUUCAAUCCCUCUUUUUUCUCUCAAAGUUUUGUUUUUUUAAAUUUGUUCUGGUUCAAUAUUUUCUAGGAAUUUAUGGGUGAUGAUGACUUGAAGAAAGAAUCAGAUAUGGAGGGUGGUGAUCUUCAAAAAUCUCUGUCUUUGCGCCUAAAUCGUAGAGGAGACCGAAGUAAUCAAAGUCAGCUUUCUAAAGAUUUUGAGGAGGGUUUAUUUCCUUCAGGGAGGGUACCCCAAGAUUACCCCAUGAAGAUUGUUUGGAAGAAAGGUUUUGUUCGGUUGGUUCUUGUAGCAGGGAUCUUGUGGAUGUUAUUAAUUCUUCUUGCAUUGUUGUUCCAUAUAUGGUCAUGUCAAACUUCUGUCUCCUUUUUAUCAGCUAUGUGUAACAAAGAUAGCAAGGUUUACACCAUGUUAGACACUAUGGGACUUGUAUCAAAACCUCACAGAUGUCCAAUUCCUGUUUCCAAUGAUCCUGAUAAAAUAGUUAUCCCAACUGGAAGAACUUCCAACGAAAUUGUCAAAAAUCUUUCUUACGUUAUGGAAGAUGAGGUUCCACAUGAUGGAUCUCAGUCAUCUCCUCUGUUUGGAGGUCAUCCAAGUUGGAAACAACGGGAGGAAAGUUUCAAACUAAAUUCAAAUAUGAAGGUGCAUUGUGGUUUUAUCCAUGGUGGUGGUGCUGAAAUGGAUCCCGUAGACAUCAAAUAUGUCAAGAAAUGCAAAUUUGUAGUUGCGUCUGGCAUUUUUGAUGGCUAUGAUUUACCUCACCAACCAUCAAAUAUAAGCCUUCGCUCAGAGAAACUUUUUUGCUUUCUUAUGGUGGUAGAUGAGGUGUCUCUGAAAUUCAUGAGGGAAAAUGGUACUGUCAAAGAAGACAGUGCUGGUGGACAGUGGGUGGGAAUAUGGCGACUUGUUCUUCUUAAGCAUCCUCCUUAUGAUGAACCAAGAAGGAAUGGGAAGGUUCCUAAAAUUUUAACCCACCGGUUGUUUCCUCAAGCACAGUAUAGUAUUUGGAUUGAUGGUAAAAUGGAGCUGAUUGUAGAUCCAUUGCAAAUGCUUGAGAGAUACCUGUGGCGAGGGAAGCAUACAUUUGCCAUUGCUCAACACAAGCAUCACCGUAGUAUAUAUGAGGAGGCUGAUUCAAACAAGAGGCGUAAGCGAUAUGCUCGACCCCUUAUUGAUCUCCACAUGAAAAUCUACUAUUAUGAGGGAAUGCAGCCAUGGAAGUCAAAUAAAAAGACUAUUAGUGAUGUGCCAGAAGGAGCCGUUAUCAUUCGGGAACAUACCAACAUGAAUGACUUAUUUAGCUGCUUGUGGUUCAAUGAGGUUCACCUCUUCACACCCAGAGAUCAACUGAGUUUUGGGUAUGUUGCUUACAGAUUGGGGGACUCUUUCAAAUUCUUCAUGUUUCCCAACUGUGAAUACAAUUCACUGUUUGUGUUGCACCCUCACACAAGAGAGCACUCGUCUCCCAUAGAAUGGGUUAAACAGAUCGAUCAACUUAAGAAUAGUAAUUUAAAAGAAAGUAGGGGAGGACUAGGCUUGUUUACCCCAUAUCCUGGGGAUCUUGAUUCUGUUGUUCUGCCAAAUGUAACAAGAACAUCAAAAGCAGGUUGACAUUUUGUUUAUUGUUUUAACAUAUUCAUUGUGAUGUAUUUUUUUUCUCAAGAAUUUCUUGAUGUUUAUUUUGCUUGAUCUUAAUGAAAGUACAGAUAAAGUUAUUCAAAUUUA